UCACGAGGUGAGUUUCUGUUCGCCCCUCCUCCGACUCUUAGCCUUACUGUCAUCUGCAAAGAUGUAUGGACUGUAUUGGUGCACAAGUGCCAUCGCUCGUCACAGCAACAGAAUUGAUCUUAUCUUCUGACCUUGUUCUUCAGGCUCUCUAACUCAAGUUUGGCUGUCCUUGUGUGCUGCAUGCAGAACUGGACAGGACGAUUCAACACACGAGGCCACAAGAAUCAAGUCUCCGUAGCUAGGUAGCAGACUUGGCCCACGAGUAGAUUUCCACAGGACGAUAGGUUCCAGUGCCAGUAGAUCAUCUAGACUACAGUACGGAUCUUUGUACAGAACUGCCAAGGGUUGCACGUGAGGAGAUGAGGGUUCCGGCGUUCGGGGAUAAAAACAUUUGAAUGAAUGAUUUCGUCGCCCCACUGAAUCCGUGUGUAUCGUGGAGACGAACAAGAGCUGACGUCGGCUGCUGGCCGGAAUUCUACCGCGUCGUUAGGGUGGAUCGUAUCGACCGGCGUCGAGACGACAGAGGGAACACCAACAGCUACGAAUCCGGGCAGCCGCGUUCCGCCGCAGUGAACCUUGGUGAACAGUGUGCAAAGCUUUGCGGCGUCUCUUGUUUCAUUCCGGCUAUCGUCUAGUUCCUUGCUGGUCUACCUGAUCAAGAUGGUCUCCCAGUGGCACAUUCCUGGCUGAGUGUUGAGCCGUUUGCUCACAUUCAGGCCUAGAUAUGGCUAGCAAUCACAGGCCGACUCAUGGAGCCACUGCAGCUGCAGCCACGCGCUACAGCCCCGGACGUCAGCAAAGUGCCAGAAAUGUGUAUGGCACUGGCCCCGCUAGUGGAGAGGAUGCGGGGGAGCUCGACGUUAUGCUGCUGCUUGGAGACACUGGCUUUCUUCGCCGCUACCCAAACCUAUGGAGAGAAGCUGAUGUUCUGUACAAGCCCAAGCUUGCUGAAAACCUAAGGGUGAAAGACAUGAUCAACUAUUUUCAGGAAUGGCUGUCUCCAAGAGAUCUUCAAAGCCUUGCAGAGGGCACAGACUUCGGCAAGAGUGAGACGCUGAUAGAGAUAUUGGAGAGAGGCCACAACGCUACCUUUGUACCCUUCUUUGAGAAACUCUGGGAGCACCAGCGAACUCUCCCAGUUGUGCAGGAGAUCAAAUCUCAGCUCAUAGAGUUGUACAGAAAGCGUGUGGAGGAACAGAAUCCCAUCAGCCAUGGUGGAGAGCAGUGGUACUAUUUUGCCAUUGAUGUCAACAAGGUUCUGGAAGACCCAGUUUUUCUGGAACGCUACGAUGACCUUUGGAAUGAGGUUGCCAGAAAGCACAUGCGAGAGCUGCGUGAGUUUAUCAAUGCUGCCGACUUGCUCAACCUUGUCAGCUCACAGCAUCUCUUGGAAGAGCGCACGAUACGUGAACUGGAAACGAAGCAGGGAGACGACUUAAACCGUGACUUACUACUUCAGCUGCAGGAAGGUGGCAAUGAAACGUUCGUGCCGUUCUUCCAGCAUCUGUGGAGCGAGAGCAAGGAUGUUGACGUUGUGCAGCGGAUGCAUCGGCAGAUACUGCACUUGCUGCAUACCUCCGGCAACAAAAAGCCACCGGACUCUCAGGGCACAUCCGUAUCAACGUUUGAGUUGUGGAAGGUCGUCAGAAAAGAAGAAGAAGAUCUCAAUAAGCUAAUGGCAUCCCAGUGGAAGCGCCUACUGCAAAAAAUGCGCUUUGACCUUGAAAUCUCCAUCGAGGAACGCAACGAGAUUGAGUCUCAACACACCGACUUUCUUAGGUUCAAAGCGCUGCUCAGAGUCUAUGAGCGCAAAGGAGAGGAAAGCUUCGCGGUGUUCUUGGAUGCCCUAAAUGAACUGGACUUGAUGUCCAAGGCAAACAAACUCCGUCAGCUGGCGAACGUCGAAUUCAGCCUUCCCGACGGCUACCUGGAGAAAUUGGACACUAGAAUGAAGCGCAAAAGAAAGGCCCGUCAAGAUCCGGGGAAAGAGAUGUAUCGGAAGAUCAUCUACCCGAACCUGCACGACUUGAGUCAAUGCAUGCUGGUACGAGAUUUCCUCACCGACCUCAGAACCAAAGACGUGGUCAGCUUCAGUCAGAAAACCGACAUUGAAGAGAGAGGAAAGGACCCAGUCGAUCAGGCUGGCUACCUGCUGGACUUGAUGCAGCACAAGUCGGAAACGCAGCAGAAGGACUUCCUGUAUAUUCUGUACAAACAACCUGGAAAGGUCAAGGACAUUGCUAAGGACCUGCUACAGCAGCAUUUCGAAGGAGUUGGCAAGAGCCAGAAAACCGCCAAGCGACUGUGGUACUCGACGGCACUGGGCAAAGAGGAGCAUGCCAUCAAGCUGGACUUCACUAGGCCGGGGCCUGCCAUCGUGGAAACGCCACCGAUACUGGUGGACCGGGAUGCCAUCAGGUACUUGCGCAUUGCCCUGGAGAAGGUCGGCAAGUGUACCAGCAAGCUAGGAGGGCAGGCAGUCGACGGGCAGCAGCCAGCAGACGACGACGGCACUGCAUCCGCAAUGAAGUACACAAACCUGAAGGUGCUGGUCAUGGCCGGGAACCGAGAAUGCAUCGAAGGCAUCCUGCAUGGCCACCAGAUUGCCGACGGCAAAUCUCUGGCACACCUGGUCGACGUGGAGCCAGGGUCCAGCGUCCUGUGCUUUGUGGACAACGUCACAGACACGACGGGUGAAGCGUACCUUGUCCUUAACCUGCACGAACAUGAGCCCAUCAGCACGGCUUGUCAACUUCUCAACCUUACGAUGGAUGCGUCCGACUCUGUCCUACUGGCAUUCACUGAUCACGACUGGCCAUGGGAUCGAGAUGCAGCGGGAAUGCGCCGUUCCAGGAAUGGCACCAGGAUCGUGUUCAAGGAGAAGUUCGGCAACCUGAAGCGGCAUCCCAAGCAACUCGACCCGAACAACCCUCUCAAGCUUCUUCGAUUCAAGUAUGCGUGGUACGGCUGCAAAGGAUCGCUUGCCUGGCAAACACGGCGGCUUGCAAUAGCUGUCACGCAGCCCUACCAGAUGGUACAGUUUCCAAGUGAAAAUGACGCACGCAAGGAAGAAGCCAUCAGGAGUUGCUUCAACAUCACCAACGGCAGACAAUCAAACACCCCACGCACUGCCACUGCCACUGCAACUCCUGGCACGACCGACAUGGGGAACGUACCGAUCAUCGAAGGUCCUAUCAUCCAGCCGAUGGACAGAGUUGACCUUCGCAGGCUGCCGCGCCAGCCAAUGGUCCAGUUUGACCAGCUGUUCACCAACAUGGCCCUCGGUCCCAGCCUCUCCGUCCUCUCAACCGUCUCACUCGACUCUGAUGACCCACUACCCCAGGAUGCAAGCAGCCAUGGUGACGCCUCAUCUGCAAUCUGUCGUCAGUGCUUUGCAUCCAAUCCUGUUCCAGUCGAGCAGCGAGCUAAGUUUGUGGACGUUGUGCACAAUCUGAUCGAAGUGAGUCCACUGGCGAGCGAGCUACGUCACCGCAGUGACCCGACGUAUGUUACAACCGUAUUGACCGACGACGAACUCAGUGCAAUGACUAUUGCCAACAUGUGCUCUGGCGGAAUGAUGGCCGCUAGCAUACCGGGUGAUGCCAAGGUUGCUGCCAUUAAACCGGGACGCGGCAGGAGACCGGAGGUGGAGCAGCGGAAACAUGCUCGACUGCUUCUCUCCACGCGCCUUCUCGACAUGAGGGUGCACAACUUCUUCUGCUUCGAAGGCUUGCAUCUGCUCUCUCAAUCCAAGGAACCUUUCCAGGACGCAGCCAUGCCGCUACUCUUACCAGCAGUAGCACUAAGCAAUGUCUUCAUCGUCUGCUCUGACAAUCCAGUGGGUGCAGUCAAACGGCUUGUGGCGGUUAUCCAGCAGAUGAAAGAGCAUAUGAAAUCGCUCUGGGUUGAUCCGAAGGAGAAGGAGUCCAAGCUAGACCCGCAGAAAAUUGACAGCGGCCUGUUUACGGGCCGUCUCCUCGUACUGUCCACGUCUCGGCAAAGCAACGACGAAGAUGGAUCCCAGAAACUCUGUCACCUUGACCCAGAGGAUCAAGAUACUCUCAGCGAGUUCUUCGGCGAUUACGAUGAGCGGCAUUAUGACGAAGUUCAGCUUGAGGCAGAGCAGCGCGAGGCAUGCGUUCGACAGUUUGCGGCGGAACGUAUAACGGCUCACCUUGGCGAGCUUUCGACGCCGUGCUUCAAGUCAGCCGGUUUCCACGACUCGCUGUGUUUGAUGCUGGGCGCUGCUGCCACUGCUUGUACUAGCUUCACAUCGCUGAAACUCAGCCAAGUCCAUCACCGUGAAACCAUAGAGUUUUUCGAGCUCUUGCUCACCGCGCUAAGAAGUGGAGAGUGGAAUGGCAAACCUUGCAACAGCGGCACCCAAGAGUUAAAAAUCGACGGCGAGGUCGUGGAGCCGUUCCAUCGACCGCAGAAGUAUAAGUGGUCCAUGGAUGCCGGCUUACCACUCGAUUUCAAAGUGGACAUGGAUAGUUCCGAUAUAGACAAGUGCUUCGACGGUGUCGAAAAGCUGCUGAGCGAUGCUGCCCGCGCCAUGAUCAAUGCUCUGCGUGUUGAUGUCGCAAGAGCGGUACUGAAGUCUGAAGAAGACUGGUGGUCUCGAGGCCCGGCCGCUCUCCACACUCAGACCAAGACAGCGCUGGACAUCCUCUGCAAGCGCCGGCAAAGAGCCGUGAAGGCACCGUCCCACACUCACAGGCAGGGACUGAGGGGAACCCUCGACCUUGAAGCAGAAACCAAAUCCUGUUUCAGCUUCUUCGAGUCGAUCUGGGAGCCUUGCGACCAACCAUGCUCCUACAAGCCCUGUCACCUGCUUUGCCUGCAGCCGCGUGGUCAUCGCGACAAGCAUGACUGUCUGUUUGAUCACGGCAAGCAAGGCAACCAUUACUGCGGCAGACCUUGCACGUAUUGUCGGAAGAAGAAGACCAGGGAAGGCGAGCCCGGCCAGUGUAUGGCGGGAGCAGGUCACAAGAGCCGUCGUUGCCAGUGCUGGCAAGAAGGAGGUGACGUGCCUCCACAGCACAAGUGUGAGGAGCCGUGCGACUACAUGGAUGCCUGGGUUCACAAGCAUGGUGAUCGCACGCAGGUGGAAAGCUCAAUAUGCUACAAGGAUGCUCUGCACGAAGAAUCCAGCAGGGACGAUGAACAUAUUGGCGAUGACCAAGCCGAACACAAAUGCUCCGCUGAAAGGCACACGUGUGCGCAGCAGUGCCAACUUCGACCGACUUCUCGAGCACGGUGCGAGAAAUACUGCUUGCACGAUAUCGACAAGGGGCAAGGCCAUGACCUACACACGUGUGGUGCCACAGAUCACAAGUGUCCAGACGUAUGUCAAGCUGAAGGUGUGUGUGCUAUAGCCAACAACUCGGAGUCAGAGUUAAACCCCAACAUCUGCAGAGACGAGGAGCAGCGAAUCGGUGUGAACGGCUAUAAGAUGUUCUGCGGGUCAACACUGGACACCAUGACCCUGACGCAUAGCGGCAAUCACCAGUGUGGCAAGGAACAGAAAGAUCACACGUGUACGGAGAUCUGCCCACUGUGCAGCAUGGUGUGUCGUCUCGGCUGGGACCACGAGGGUCCGCACGAUAUGAAGCACGGACAGAUCCGGAACAGUCGCUUUGCCAGGGUGCGUAAUGGCCGAACGCAUGAGUUGGUGUCCCAUGAUACACCGCCAAGAUGCGAUCAGCUCUGCCCUGGCAAGGACUACAUGCGGGGUCACGAACAUAUCUUGUCCAAGGAUAUUGUGUCAUUGCUGGCCAAACGUUCCAGCGCAUUUGACACCUCUGCCUCUGGCCAUAGGCCAUUCUUUCCACGCCAGGAACAAGACGGGGACAAUCACAAGGUUGUGAAUCACACAUUCUUCUGGAAGAGGCUGAAUAUCGUUGAUCCGAAUGCGGGCAGUGCCGACUUUGACCGUUGCCCUAUGCAAUGCCCAAGACAUCCUGCGACCAGUGCACCCUACUGCACAGGCUCUUUGUGGCAUGAAGCGUUUGAUGAGAAACACAAGCCAGACGACAAAGGUUACACAGGAAAGGCAGUGAGGGAGGAGAUCGACGGCGUCGAGCGAAAACAAAGCCGCGGCAACGAGCACAACGUAUACAUAGGCCACCAUUUCCCGUGCAGCAGAGAGCCGGAUCAUAUGUGUAACGGACUCUGCACUCUACCCGAGAAACUGGAGAAAUGCAUGCGCGGCACGGAGCGUUCACAGUGUUCCAAGCCUGUGGGUCACCACGGUGUGUGCUCGUGUCAGACUGCUGAAAAGCACGUCUGUGGCAUCCCGUGCCCAGCUACUUUGGAGUCCGGUCUUUGUGGAGAGCCUUGUGUACGGCGCGUCGAGGAGCAUAACUCUGAAGAUCAACAUGAUCAUGAGCUGCACUGGUGUGGAAUCGAUAGGUGCUGCAUGAAAUGUGACUGUGGUGCGAACUGCUCCAAAAGCGGUCAGCCAAUCGAUCACUUGCACGGUGGUGAAGAUAAGCCAAUACCGCAUCACUGCGGCAUUCGUCACGAGUGCCGGGAGCUUUGCGAGGAGGAUGGCAUCUGCAUGCUUGCAUCCGAUCCUACUACGGUGGAUCCUGAGAAACACAAGCGGCGAUCCAGUGAUGGAAAUGGGUAUCGUUUGGUGUGCGACAUCAAGAAACCCAUCGGAGAGAUAGAACACGAGGAGAAGCACUCCUGUCGCAACACGCACACCUGCACUGUCCAGUGUCCGGGCUGCCAUCGCUACUGCACACGAGAUAUCAAUCACAAAGGCAAUCACCGCCUCGAUGAACAUGGCCCGUACCGGAAUGACUCUUGUGUGGUUCGCAACGGUGUCAGCGGUAACGUCGAAGUCUCUGGCGAGCGAACUUGCGGGCAGUUGUGCAAGGAAGCAGGGCGUGGCCAUGCCCACUGCAGGCUGGGGGAGAAGUCACAGAGACAUUCCGCAUUCUGGGAGUCGUUUCGGUUUGACUGUCCGUGUCCGGAAGACCGUGAUUUCCUGGAUGGCUGUCCGGUCAAGUGCAAUGCAAAGGAACGACACGGACCUAAGGCCAACGUCUACUGCCAAGGGAAACUAUUCCACGAGCUGAGCGAUAAACCGGAGCUAGACAACGCGACCGCCGCCACAUCUCUGAUGUACACCGGACUGCAAAUCUAUGGAGUUGACGAGAAUGGGCGGGAGCUGUGCGGCCACUGGUUUGCCUGCUCCACCAAGCACAAGUGUGCAGAGGCAUGCUUCCGCUGCUCCCGCGACGAAAAUCAGAGCGAGAAAAGGGCGAGGGACGUGGCCUGUCGGUUCUUCCGCCACGAUCACGAGUCCCGGUGCAGGUGUCGCAAAGAGCACCACCAAUGCCGCGUGGAAUGUGAAGCUCCUGGCUGCAAGGUGUUGUGUACCCAAGAUGACUACUACGAGCAUGCGGACCAUAAAUGUGAUGCUACUGGAUGUGAGAACAGGUGUGAAAUUGGUAAUUGCACGGCGGAUUGCAACGCACCUGACCAUGUUCACUCCACAAAGAACAAAGGGCUACACCAUUGUAAUCAGCGGCACUCGUGUGCCAAGUACUGUGACAUGGAUGGUGUGUGCCAUGUCACAACUAUCCACGGGAAAGCACCAGAGGAUAGCCGGGCACUUGUCUCUGGUUUAAGCAACACCACCGGAUAUCACCUGAAGUGUGUGAAGCCGUUACCAGCCGGAAAGAAAAUGCACGCAGGGAAACAUGAGUGUUCCGCCGAAUCUCAUACCUGCAAGGAGCAAUGCCCACUGUGCAAACGUCACUGUGAACUACACGCUGGACACCACAAGAGCGGUUCUCUUCAUCAGGUCCAGCACGGGACAAUCGUGACAGCCGUGAAGCUCUCGGUCGGUCUUGACGACGAGGUUCACAUUGAAGGAGGUGUAACAUGCCAAGAUAUGUGCGAGAAAGGAGGACGAGGCCACUUACACAUCGGUAGUGCUUACAUGAAUUUUAAGAAGAGCAUCAGCUCUCAUGCAAAAUUCUGGCAUGAUAUGAAGUUCAAAGACCCAGCUUCUCCAGAGCAGCAGAAGGAGUAUGGUCUUUGCGGAAAGCCGUGUAUCUUGCCGCACAGCAGUGAUCCUCCAUACUGUGCCUACGACGUGAACCACCUACACCCAACUACCGGUACUGCCGACCGAUCGUCGGUAUUUCACCACUGUAAGCAGCAACACACUUGCAACCAGCCCUGUGAGGCACUAGGAGUCUGUGUUAUUCUCUCACCGGGUGGUGACGAACAGCCUCUGAACGUCACCGCAACCGCAUAUCCCAACGGCUUCAGGAACUCAUUCUGCAAGAUUCCCAUACCACCCCGUCUUCAAAAGCAUGACAAGUCCCACGACUGUGGUGUUGUCCACCACUGUAAUAAGUCCUGCAGCAUGUGUGGACACUGCUGUUCACGUCCAUACGACCACACUGGCACUGCCUGCUCCGUGACUCACGGUAGCAUCAAGCCAGAGGUCCUUGCCAAGAUCGCCUUACUGGGCAAGGAUGGAAGAGAAGUGCAACUGCCGGAUGCUGCAAUCACCUGUGACAAGCUAUGUAAGAUUGCUGGGCCAUCUCAUUCUCAUCUCAUCUACGAUGUGGAUGCUGCCAGCAGCACCUCCAUCUCGCGUACCAAGGCAAGACAAGUGUCUCAUAGGACCUUCUGGGACAACCUGUCAUUAUUGGAUCCAUAUCCUGAAGGGGAGUCGCGCCUAUUCAACGCCUGCCCAGUAGUGUGCACACUGCCUGGCCACGACGGCAUUGAAAACAGGCAGUGCCUUGGUGAAAUUCAUCAUCAACUCUACAACCCGGAGGCCGAGCCAGAACGAGGUUUCACUGCUGAAGAGCGGCAUGGACAGUUACAAGGCCAUCGGUUCGAAUGCGAAGAGCACGUCUGCGGUGACAAGUGUGAACUGUUUCAAGAUGGACAACGGUGUGAAGGCACCUGCACUCUACUGGACGGCCAUGACAAGAGUGCGCAGCCUUGCAAGUGCAAAUCAGCACACACCUGUCCCAAGCAAUGCCAAGAUGAGGACUGCGCAAAGCAAUGCUCUAUGGAUGACAGUCAUAAAGUCUCAGACUCCAGCCCUCUGCAACACCACUGCGGGAAGAGCCACAAGUGCAAGGUAGCAUGCAACGAGCCUGGGCCAUGCAAAGUUGUCCCAGAAGUAGAGAAAGAAAGCUUCAUCAGCGAGAAUCCCAAUGCUGAGAAGAUUGCUGGCAAUGCAUUCAAGCUUUUCUGCAACAUACCAGUGCCACCUGGAAAAACCACACAUCCUGGUGUGAAACACAGCUGUCAGCAGGCGCACGGAUGUGACAAAACAUGUCCAUUGUGUGGCUUCCACUGUGAAACAGCGGGAUCUACAACGCAUGAUCAGCAUCUAGUAUCACAGCACGGUGCUGUGCUGUCCAGUGCUCGGGCUAGUCUCCGCAAUGGAAAUGGCUCUACUCCUUCACAACUGCCAGAUGAUACAACCUGCCAUACUGUCUGUGGUAGCCUCGAAGAAAGUCGCUCACACAGUCAUGUCCCAGACUACGACCUGGUAGCAGCGCAUUAUAACAAAGGCAAAAUCAAAGAAAGCUACAGGCGGGUGGGCAUAAAGUGCAAAGUGACCCAUGCCCUAUUCUGGGAUGUCCACAGCUUUGCCGACCCCAGUGUAGACCCAGCAAAUGGUUUUGACAAGUGUCCCGCACCCUGCCCAAGAGAUCAAGAGCACGGGGAAGAUAAAGUGUAUUGCACACAGCUUCUGUAUCAUCAGACAGUUCCACAAUCUGGCAAACCUGAGUUGCCUGGCUUUGCUGACAAUGGUCAUCACUUUCCAUGCGACAAUCAUCUAUGUAAUGAUCCUUGUGGACAGGCCAAUCAAUACGGUCCAUGUGUGGAACACUGCAUGCGGCCACUCAAGCAUUCAAGGGGCCACGACUGCGAGAAGGAGCACAAAUGUGACCAAACAUGCAGGGGAACCGACUGCAGCAACAAAUGUGAAUUGAAAAUGGGUCAUGAUAAGAAGCAGAAAUGCAACUGUGGCAUUGGAAAGUGCACUGCUAAAUGCGAUCACUGCGAUGCUGACUGUGAAGCUAAAGAUCAUUUCCACCAUCCUACUGGAUCCACUGUUCAUGACUGUGGUGCAACUCAUAUCUGCUCUGAAUCGAAGCGUACUGGUAACAAAGAUAUCAAGUGCAACACCAGCGAAGGCAACUGCACCCUGCCCUUCUUCAGUAAGCUAGAUUCAGAUCAAAAAAUAGCUUUGGUGAAGGAUGGAACAUUGCCAGCAUUGAGGCUGCCCUGCAAACGCAUAAUUCCAACUGGCCAAGCGGAACACGGUGGAGAGCAUGCACAUCAUGAUGAUGCUUCCCAAUUGCAACAUACCUGCAAUGCCUUUUGUCCAACGUGCGGAGAGUGCUGCGAUAAGGUGGUUCAUGCUGACGGUGAAUUGCACAGCACAACACAUGGAACAUUCCGGUCUCUUCGGCCAGCAGAGAUACAGGAGCAUGCGCUUUCUCCUUGGAGAGUUGUGGACACAAAGGAUGAAUCCAUGGUGCCACCUAUAGCUCAGCAAACACCUGACAGUCCACCAUCAGUGAUCACCUGCAGCACCGUGUGCUCCUCUCUGAAACGAGAGCACCACCACUGCAAAGUCAGAGUGGAUAAAUCAGCAACAGAGAGCCUCGACGUUACCUUCACCGAGCGAGUCACCCACAGCCAGUUCUGGAAAGCUAUUGGUUUUGUGGACCCAUACUCUGAAGAUGAGACUGCGGAAUUCGACCAUUGCCAUGCCCGAUGCCAGCAUGAGGAGCAUGGUGGCGAUGCUGUGUUUUGUGAAGGAAGACAACUUCACGCUGGUCCCCUGGUGACAGGAGCUAACCCUGGUCUACUACCACAGAGUACUACUGGACACAUGUUCAAGUGCUCUCAUCCGUGCUCAGGACAUUGCGUGUAUAAGGAGGUAUCGCGGAACUGCGGCAAGGAUUGUGAUGACCGGCGUGAGCAUCAUGCUGGCCCGUGCCUCUGCGCGGAAACAGCCCAUAGGUGCAAAGAACGCUGUGAGGUCAAUCGGCAAUCAAAAACCACCACUGCCGGUAAACCCCUCUGCACUGGGGAGUGUGACGUGAUACUAGACCGCAGGGAUGGCACUGCCCAUGAGGAUCAUCGGUGUGAUUUGCACGAUUGCGUUGCACUGUGCUCUGCUGCAGACUGUAAAAAAACCUGCACUCGUGCUCAUGAUCACGUGCUUCACGAGGGGCAUGAAAAGCAUAAAUGUGGGGAUAGCCAUGUCUGUUCUACACCUUGUCCAUUCUGUGGUGCUCAGUGCGAGCUCCCACCACACGACGCCACAACUUUACACAGAGCAGCACAUGGCCAGAUCCGAAUGGACGGCAGACAGAAGCUACAGACCUUUGCCACCGCGCAACAAACAUUGCCCAUACUUCUAGAUUUUGCACAUUCAUGCGAAAACGUUUGUCAGAACUCAGGUUGGGGUCAUCUUCACAUCUUGGCAUGCACAUCGGAAGCAAGACAAGCAGAUUGCAGUGGUGACGGGUAUCAUAUUGAAUCAGAGCAGCUGCAUAAGAAAGAGCUGCACUUCUGCACGCACCGGUAUUUUUGGGAGCAAGCGGCAGGAUUUGAGCAGCCAGCGACAAGUGAUGGCUUUUCAAAGUGUGGAGAACGGUGCCACGCCGGUCACUCAACUACUUGCACGUUGGAUGUCCUUCACAAGACCCUGCCUGAUCGUCAACAGCAAAAAGUAAGGGAUGGACACCGGUUCUCUCAUUGUGCGUCAAAAUGCGAUGGAAAAUGCGAAUCAGGAAGCCAUGGAACAGUCAGGAACAGGCCACAGACCUGCGGCUUGAUACAAGACCACAGUGGACUGCAUCUGUGCAUGGAUUGCGUAGGGCAACUUUGUCCUGAAAAAUGCCCCCAAUGUCAUGAGAAGUGCAUCAAGAAGGUCCAGCAUGCUGAGAGCGACGGCCAUUAUGUCCUACAUGGCGAGAUCAAAGCUCCCAACACGGAGUUCAGAGUGUGUGAGAAGAGCUCGAUGAACCCGAUCGACCAGACUGGAAAAACCUGCUGGGAGAUGUGUGUGGUUAAGGAUGAUCACUAUCACAUUCUUCAGGAGUGCAGCGGUUACGGUGGAGCAGACUGCAAAGCUACUGGCAGCAACAAACAUAUAAAACACAGCCAUGAGCUUUCUGCAGACUAUAUCGACCAUGACCACUACUGGAAACUGCAAAAAUUCGCUUUAUCUGGCCCUAUUUCAAAUGGCAUAUGAAGCAGGCUUCAGUUGCCACGUCACGUCUCACCUGUCCGGAUAUGAUGCAUACUCUCCCAGCACAGCUUGCCGCCAAGUGAGUCAGUUGUAUCCUCAUGUCUUGUGGUUGCUAUUAUUGCACUCAGCUGGCGCAGACUGCCCAGAGGCUGCAACGAAAAGCUUGUGCACCGUGCACAUCGGACAAAGGAUGCGGUUCCUUGAUGCAUUUUUAUUCUAAACUUUUCUUUUUGCUGAAAUCAUAUUUUCCCACUUCGUAUUGUUUGGACAUUCAUGUGCCGAAGACUUUGCCUAGCACCAUUCACCAGCUUAUGUUGCUCAGAGAUGCUGCACCUGUCACCCUAGGUGUGUCGUGUUGAGCACUGUGAGUGCAUACACCUUGUGCAUAGCACUUUUAAAACACAAUCCCUUCCUCCUCUCCCCCAUCCUCCCCGUCCCCUCCUCACCCUCACCACCCUCGCCCUACUCCCCCCCCCCACCCUAAAUUGUCACUUACAUUAUCCUGCGCCUGCAUGCUGCUGUAGACGUUGCAUUCUCAGAUCAGUGCCCAUGCCUACUCCCACAGUUGGGACUAGGAUUGAAUCCCUUCGCUGCUACUCAUGAUACAGUCGUAUCUUUUGUUUCUUUGCACGUCGUUUUCUGUGUCCACUUUUUCCCAUUGACCUGGAAAGCUGGGCGUACUGUAGUUUGUCCCAUGACGCGCUGCCACAACGACCCAUGCACACUUACAAUUCCAGUUCCCUGUGCACGUUGUAUGGCGUAUUAUGGUAUUACUGCCAUGGCUUGUCCAGUAUUGCAUGCCCACUUGCCCUCUCUUGCUUGGCAAUGACGAGUUGCUGUUGCCAGAUAGGCAUUUUUGUCUUCCUGAGUAGAGAGCACCAGACACCAUGCCGCACUAUGGGUUGAUAUAUUUUUGUUUUCGUUUCCCUUAUUUUUGUCCUUGUGAUGUAUCAAUUCCAUGCUAACUGGUGGCUUGGUCUCCUGUGAAAGCCACAGAUACCAGCUGCAGUUCUAGUACAGUGUACUACAUUCCAUUGCCUGCCCUUACUAACCACUGCCACACUAGUAGCCUUUUUGUCCAAUAUCCGGUGUUUCUCGUUCUGUUGUUCAUUCACCUACCAACCCCUCUCCCCUUCCCCUCCCCUCUCCCCCACCCCUCUCCCCCACCCCUCUCCCCAUCUCCUCCCCCACCCCCUCUCCCCACCCCCUCCCCUCUCAACAACCCCCAACCCCUCUCCCCACCCCCUCUCCCCACCCCCUCUCCCUACUUCUCGCUAUGACCAGCACUGCUGCUGCUGGCUCUGUAUACGUGUCGUUAUUCCCAUUCGUGAAGCCACGUCAGAUGCAUCCACGUGCAUGCUUCAGAAUGCAUCAACUAAAGCGAUUUCUCUUUUCCUUUCCCGCUUUGCUUUCCUCCAACUCGCCGUUUUUUGGGGUUUUUUUCCUGAGCAGAUUCAUUUUUUUGGUAAUUUCCGAAGAUAUCGUUUCUUCCCUAUGCGCUGUGUGCCGUUUUGAAUCAUUCCUUACAAUACCUUCUGUUUAGUUACUGAUACACUCUCGUACUUUCACCAAAUGUAGCAUAGCAAAUGCGCAGCUAGUUAUGCAGUGGAGUUUCCACUGUUCUUCUUAGAAGUUUUUUCCAAUUUUUAGUUGAGUUUAAACUCCCAGAACUAAACAUGUACGUUACUCGACCGUUACACCCCUGACCGGCGAGUAAUUUUUUUAUCUCAUUGUAAUUGCACUACUAGCGAUUUGUGCACGAAACAUGUAAUCGUGAUGCGAUUCAUUACGAUUCUCAGCUCAGUGCAUCUGUGCCUGCCGUGAAUGAUUUCUCUGUUUCUGUUCUUCAGUUCACAGAUUGCCCAUGUUGUUACAGGUGCAUGUACUAUUCUCUGCUAUGCACUUGAAGCAUCUUGUUCUCUUUGCCCGCGUUCAUUCCGUGCAGUGUUCCGAUGCCUUUCCAAGUUCUCUGCUGUCCCAACUCUAGUUUUGCCUUGCCUGCUGCAUGACGCAUGUGCCUGCUGCCUAUACAGAUCACACACAGUGGUGUUGUAUUAAAUACAUUUUUGUAUCAUGGAAUGGAUAUUCUACUUGUGUCGUGAA